UUUUUUUUAGUUGUUGAGUAGUUCAGAAAUUCCAUAGCGGGUAGUAUUGUUAUACGGGAAAACGGAAAUACGGAGCACAAAUUUUUUAAAAAAAAAUUUUACAUUCGAUUUGUUUAAAGAAAAGCUACAUAAAACGCAUUACGGCGCAUACACAAAAUGCCACAUGAAAAAUAUUUAAAUGAAUUCUGUGAUAUUAUUGAUACCUAUGGAGGACGUGAUAAGGUUAUGAAGGCACUUUGUUAUGGUGCCAAAUUAAUAGCUGGAUAUUAUGCUGAUCGUCAGCCGGAAUUAGCCAAACGUUAUGCCAUUGCCAGUUCCCGCAUAUCAGGAGCGAGAGCGACUUUGCGUCUAAUAGAUGAUAUACCUAUGAUUCAGUAUGCCUUAGAGUAUGGAUUGGGAGGAGGGGAAUCUGAUAGCAUUAUGGCCGUCUUGGGGGUAACAGCCAAUGUGGUCGAUUUGCUUUAUUAUCCUGUGGAAAAGAUCUGUUGGUUAGCCGAGCACAAAAUAGUUGAUGUUAAGAAUGCCGAUUUUUGGGAUAAUGUCAACACAGUAUUCUGGGUUGUAGGGGUCUACUUAAAUUUAAUGAGAAAUAUUCGCAGUUUUGGUUUAAAUCAACAGAAAAUAAAUCGUCUAAAAACCCCCUCUCCCUCUAGCAACGAUCCCGAUAUGGAGAAGACUUUAAAAAAGCAUCGCUUAGAUAUGUUAACCCUGGUGCGGUUAACUCUCGACUUUUUACAUGCCGGCAGUUAUUUACCCAAAGGUUAUUUGUGGGGUGGUAAACUGUCCACAAUGCAAAUUGGUGCUGUUGGUACAGCAUCUGCAGCGAUAGGAAUUUAUCAAAUCUUUGCCAAACGGAGACUUAAUAAAUAGAAACGCACUUAAAAGACACGCA